GUGUAACCCUUCUGGCGAACGGGCCUCUUCCAGGCAGCAUUCGCAAGUCACGUUUAAGAGGCGUGCGGUUCGCAAAAGGAACAGAAGGCCGAAACUUGCAUCUCUUCUUCUCCGUCGUGAUUUCUUCUUCGAUAUAUCCAUUAUCAUCAUCAUUGUCGUCGUCGUCAUCGUCGUCGUCGUCGUCGUCAAGACCCGUCAAACGCGAUGAGGCCCGUAAAGAUAACCGACUUCUCCCGCGGACGCCUCACGGAGGACAGCCUCCUCCUUCUCAAGAUGGGAAGGCUAGGCACCCAAUACCUGGAGCGCCUGCUGGCCCGCAACGGCGCCGACAACGGCAUCCGGAGCAAGAAGGGCGGCCUCAAGCUGCCCAACGAGAUCUGGCUCACGAUCGUGGCCUUCGCGCGGGCGGGCGCGCACGACCAGUUCCACCUAGUCAAAGUUGAGCAGCAGCGGCAGCAGCAGGAGGAAUCAUCAGCCUCUCCCGACACCAUGCUGCUCCGCUGCACCAGACACGAGUUCGUCCCCGCAGAAGACGACGAGCACCUGCUACUGGCGGCCAACCUCGAGAGCGGGGACAGCGUGCGCGAGCCCGUCCACGACCGCAAAGCUCCAGACCAAGAUUCCCGAGCUGCGCAGGCUGACCGGCCCGGAGAAUACCUUCGAAGUCGUCCUGGACGGGUCGAACAGGAAACCCCACCUGUACGGGUUCAUCGACGUGCCGGAUUUCAUCGCGCGGCUCGAGGGGGGGAGUGCUGGGUAUGCAGCGAGAAAAGGUUUAUCUGCCCGGGUUGCACGGGAGGGGUAGCCUCUGAAUUCGACGCCUUCAUGGGCUGCGGCGUGGACCUUGCCUGCCCGCUCUGCAUGGGUCUGAAGUUCAGCCAAUACCAUAAAAGCUUCUUACAAGAAUACUACGAUGACUCGCCAGACGAAAGUGAAAAGCAAGACACGUUGAAGUGGAUAGAGGGUCGAUUAGAGGAGUUGGGGUAUGAAGGUGUGGCGGUGAAGGCGGAUGCGUGCGGAGAUGGAGGGUUUUAGUAAACAAUAGGGGUCGUGGGGGAAAGGGGCGCAGGAAAGCGGUAUCGAGGCGUAGCGUCUUGAUGGGUCCGUCCAUGACCUAGAAAUACAAAUUGCCUGGGUAAUCAAAACUUGCUUCCGACUAGCUAGCUUGAAGCAGUUCGAGUCGCAGGCUAUGAAUGCAACGAGGUCUCGACGCCGUAUCCUAUUAUAGAGAUGGUGGGCGUAUUAGUGAUACGGCGAAGGCCGUGGUAGCUUAGAUUGUCUCGUAGAAGUUUAGUGGCACGCAAGUAUGUCGAGUCGUUGAGGAAUUCUACUUCAGUCUUAAGCCUCAUGUUCCCAUCGACUACCAAGGCACGUCAGUUAAUACGUCUUCGGUAACGAGCUACCCAGUACGCAUCUCGUUCCGUAACCGUCUUGUAGCAAAAUCUCCUCGGUCAUAUCGAAA